AUGCCAGUUUUCGUCGAAUGGUCCGCGCAUGCCACAGAUAGCGACGUAUUCUACAUUUGGAACGAGAAGGCUGGUAAAACAAAAUUGGAUUACGCGUUCGGCGAGAUGACUGGUCCACCACCACCAGCACCUUUGAGAGAGGACGUACGCAACAAGCAGCCAACUUCAGGUUCAAGAGAUGAACGACCUCGCACACCUUUGGAGUUGUCAACGACAAAGGCUCACGAGGAACUAAGGAGCCUUUACCACCAGCAGGUGACCGCGACAGAAGCGAGGCAGCCACUGUCCUUCGGUGGUCAUUCAAGCCCUCUCAGUUAUGGUGACCACAGUCUGGGCUUUGCCUCGGUGGCUGCAGUUACCUCUGCGGACAUGAAUCCCCUGCCCAUCGCCAGACUAGUUCCUGGCACUACAAGAGCAGCGUCUACGAUAUCGAUGCACUUGCCCUCGACAAUGUCGGUGACUACCGGAACAGUUGGCUUCCAACGCCAACAGCCAGACAAUACAUUACCACAUCCUCUGCCACCGGAAGUGCAAACGUUAUCGCCUCCAUCCCUUUUGCCGAAAAUCACAGUAUCUUCUGCUACGUCCAGCCAAUCUUCGCCCAAUACAGUCAGGCUGAACGAUCUGGUGUCUAGUACCCCGGCCACGACGAGGCUGACGCCAGUGUCGCCUAAAUCUGGUCUCGACCCCGUCCACAAUCAGCUCAGUCAGAUGACCAAUGUCCCGACAAUUAUGCUGCAAGAUGUAACGAAGAUACCUUAUGAGUUCAGUAGGGCUAUAGAACAAGGACUUCCAUCAGUUUCGCUUGGACAACUGCCCAUCGAAGCUCUGAAGCAACAAUUCCAGAUAUCGGACAUUAAACACAAUUUCCUUAUUUAUGAUACCAAGUCAAGUUUGCCUUAUUAUCAACCUAAUCUUCAAAUAAAUCAACAAUCUAGUGGUAGCAGUGGUGGUGUUGAUAAUAGAAACAUAAAUAAUAUUUCACCUUUGAGAUUUAGUAUACCGACGACUCCGAUCUCAUCGGCUUCAGCAUCUGGAGUGUCUACUCCAAUGAAGAUAGCAAUCCAAGGAGUCGAUUUCUCACGAACUCCAAUAACACUUACGGCUGUUCCCACGAACAUAAAUACCUAUACAACUGGACAAGAACAAAUUGAGUCAAUGCAGUUAAAUAAAUUAAAUCCCGGAACCAAUACACCUUUGUAUAAUAUUGCACAAAAUAGUGAGCAAAACAAGCCUGCCAAUCAAGUUAGUGCAGGAAUACCUUUAGGUUCAUUUUACGUGUUGCCAAACGAUGAACAAACCAAGCUGGCUCUUCAAGCACAAACUAGUAUUCCUUCAGGUAUAUUAUUAGGAUUACAGCUGCAGUUGAGCGGUCCUAAUGGGCUGCAAUAUAUUUUGCAAUCAAGUAACUCAGAUCAAGCGAGAUCAGCAAAUGUAGAAUCUAGAAAAGUUGGCCCUAAUCAUCAACAAAGAUCACUUGACCCAUCAUACUCUCAGAUCGGAUAUCAGCAGAACCGAUGGUAGGCUUACACUAAGAGUCAAC